GACUAACGCGUGUGUGCGGGCUCCAGAUAUCGUUGUCUUUUUCUCCCUUUAUCUCUUCUCCAUCCUCUCCCUCGAUCAUCAAAGCCUAAACUUUCCAGCCAACGAAGGCGACGAGCACGAUGGAAGUCGUCAAAUUCGUAUCCUUCUCGUCGAUCGUGCACCCUGGGUUCUGGCAUGAGCUCACCCGGGUAAAGAUCGACGUGCUCAAGCUCUCGGAUGAUACAUUGACCAUCGGCGGAUCGUACGCUCCGGGUAGAUCAAUCAAAGAUAGGGAGACAGGCGGGGAGAUCGCGAUGCCGUGUAACUUUGCACUGGGCGAAGAUGCAUUCAAGGAAGUUCAGACAGCAAACUUUGCGAUUCCUGUACAGGGCGAGUUCAAGAACUACAAUACGAUUGAGGAUUUCAAAGCCGCAAAGAAGAAGGAGCUGCUCAACAACUUGAGCAACAAGAUAUGGGACAGCGUCACGAAGGACAAGGACACGUCCAUGCUGACACGCUUCUCCCUGAUCACGUUCGCGGAUCUGAAGAAGUAUAGGUACCAUUACUGGUUCGCGUUCCCUGCAUUCCCGGCCGAGCCUUCGUGGCAGAUCGCUCAAGGAGGAUGGAAGGCCGCGAGCGAGGAGUCGAGCGCAAAGCAGCUUUCGACUAUCCAUACACGCUUAAGCGCGAAGCCAAGCGCGUUCUUCCUCAUCAGGCCGGCUGGUGACGAUGUUGAAAUGGACAUGGUCGAGAAUUAUCAAAGCUUCUUUGCAAAUGUUGCGCCUGAGCAGCGAACGAUCGGUUUCGUCGAUCCCUCCGCACAACCUCAAAAUCCAGGAUGGCCACUACGCAACCUGCUCUCAUACCUGCACGUACACUACCCCACCGACUCGAGCGCCGUGCGUGUUCUCUGUUGGCGUGACUCGGAUGUCCCGUCGGCUGCCUCUAGUGGUGGCUGGAAGAGUCGCUUCGGUGUCGUGUCGCUCCCUGCUGGUGCGACAAUCGCCGGGCCGACCAAGGCUGUUGGGUGGGAGAAGGCGCCUGCGAGGGGCAAAGACGGUGGGGUCGAGGAGAAGUUGAUCCCGAGAAUGGCAGAUCUGGCGCCUAUGAUGGACCCGACGAGGCUCGCGGACCAAGCAGUCGAUCUCAACCUUAAGCUCAUGCGAUGGCGCAUCAUGCCCUCCCUCGACCUCGACAAGGUCGCGUCGACGCGGUGCCUGCUGCUGGGCGCCGGCACGCUUGGGUGCUACGUCGCGCGCACGCUGAUGGGGUGGGGCGUGCGCACUAUCACCUUUGUCGACUCUGCGCGUGUAUCGUUCUCCAACCCCGUGCGGCAACCCCUGUUCGAGUUCGCGGACUGUCUCGAGGGAGGGAAGCCGAAGGCUGAGUGUGCUGCCAAUGCGCUGAAGAAGAUCUUCCCGGGGAUGAACACACGGGGGAUCGAGCUGUCGAUUCCUAUGCCUGGGCAUCCGAUCGAGGGUGGGAAGGACGGGAAGCUUGCGCAGAAGGCCAAGAAGGAUGUGGAGGAGCUGGAAAAGCUGUUUGAUGAGCAUGAUGCGGUGUUUUUGCUGAUGGAUUCGAGGGAGAGUCGGUGGUUGCCCACCGUUCUCGGUGCUUCAAAGGGGAAAAUCGUAAUGAAUGCUGCACUUGGCUUCGACACGUACCUCGUGAUGCGCCACGGUGCACGGGCGUCGACUAGCAAGGGCCAACGCCUGGGGUGCUACUACUGCAACGACAUUGUCGCACCUGCCGAUUCCCUGACAGACCGCACGCUCGACCAGAUGUGCACCGUCACGCGCCCAGGUCUCGCACCUAUCGCAGCUUCGAGCGCCGUCGAGCUCCUCGUCUCCCUCUUGCAACAUCCCGAAGGCCUCCACGCCCCGCCGCCACCGCCCGAGUCAUCCAAAUCUCAGAAUUCUGAAGACGGAGCGAACGAAAGCGUGCUCGGGCUGGUCCCGCAUCAGCUGCGCGGGUUUCUCGCGCAGUUCCGGACGAUGCCGAUUACGGGCGCGGCGUACGACCGAUGUACGGGGUGCAGUGAGGCCGUGCUCAAGGCGUAUGAGGAGAGGGGGUUUGAUAUGAUGCUUGAGGCGUUCAAUGAGACUGGGUAUCUUGAGAGGCUGACGGGGCUGGAUAAGCUGCAUAGCGAGGGGGAUGCGGCGUUUGAGGCGGUGGAUUGGGAUGAGGAAGAUGAGGAGGGGGAUAUGUGACGAAGAUAAUGAAGCCAUGAAGAACCGUGCUACGGCAAGUAACUCUAUCGAGGAUCAUGCUGAGGAGAACGAUGGCACUAAGCGUACAAUCGUUCGGAAAAUGUGUUUUAUAUGCGCUCUUGCUUUUUGCCAUUGCUAUCUGUUAUAUCGGUUUCACUUAUUUUCAUCCAGUAUGCGAGGGUUUCUCCCAAUGUAUUACUAGUGUACAU